UAUGGCCGCCAAUGUGGAAGAAAAGGAGUUAGAAAGUUACGAUUUUAUUGUCGUCGGUGGAGGUAUAGCCGGCGUCUCGUGCACAGAGUACUUAUCCAGUUUGAACAUUGAUAGAACUAUUUGUCUUAUAUCUAGUACAGAUUUAGUUAAGACAGUUUGUAAUAUAAGGAAAUUUGCACGAACUCUGGAAGAAUUUGAAGUAAAGGAGAAACCACUCAACUCUUUGGCCAGUGAUUGUCAUAAUGUCACUGUUGUUAAAACUACUGUUAUUGGGUUUGAUCAUAAAGCUCAUAAGGUAUUGGCAAGCAAUAACAAAGAAUACUGGUAUAAAAAGUUGUGCAUUUGUACGGGGGCAAGGCCAAAUCUUAUCGUAAAGGAAAAUGAACAUGUUCUUGGAUUACGAGACUUGCAAAGUGUUGAGGAUUUUCAAAACAGACUUUCGACAGCAAGAAGAGUUGUAAUUGUUGGUAAUGGUGGAAUAUCAUUAGAACUUGUGUAUGAACUAACUGGAUGUGAAGUUAUAUGGGUCAUAAAAGACGAUGCCAUUGGAAAUGCGUAUUUUGACAAAGGAGCUGCUCAGUUCUUUCUUUCAAGCUUAAAACAAGGUUGCAGCUUGCAAGAAGAAAUGAGCAAUAAAAAUAAGGAAAGUUGUGCCCAAAACUCUCAAGAUGACAAGAUGAUUGCAGAGGGAAAAUCAAAUUAUGGAGCAGCACUAGGAUUUGGCUGGAAAGAGGAGUUGAGUUUCAGGAAGUACAGCACUGAUGAAAAAAUGCAGAAAAAUGUGACAGUAGAGUACAACUCUGAAGUGCGAAACUUGUUUACUAGAGAGCGAUUUAAAAUAUUGCACGGAGAUAUGUUUCGUGAACCAGGCUGGAACAUAUACCUUGAAUUACAGAGUGGUAAAAUUAUUGGCUGUGAUUUUGUUGUAUCAGCCACAGGAGUGAUGCCAAAUGUCGAAGCUUUUGUAGCCAGUGCUGAACUUAACGUUGCAGAAGAUGGAGGCUUGAUGGUUGAUAAACAUAUGAGGACAAACAUCAACAAUGUAUAUGCUGCUGGUGAUGUAUGCAAUGCAUCCUGGGAACAUUCCGAUUAUUGGAUGCAAAUGCGACUUUGGACGCAAGCCAAUCAAAUGGGUGCGUAUGCUGCAAAGUGCAUGACUUCAGACAUGGAUGGAAGUGAAAAUUUUAUGGACUUUUGCUUUGAGAUGUUUGCACAUGUGACUUCAUUUUUCGGUUAUAAAGUGAUACUCCUUGGGAAGUAUAACGGUCAGGGUUUGGGCUCAGAUUAUGAAGUGUUGCUGAGGUGCACAAUGGGUCAGGAAUAUGUUAAGGUGGUUCUGCACCAUGGUAAAAUCCACGGAGCGCUGUUGAUCGGCGAGACAGACCUGGAGGAAACAUUAGAAAAUUUGAUUCUAAAUCAAAUGGAUGUAAGCAUGUUUGGUGAGAAUCUCUUAGAUCCAAAUAUCGACAUUGAGGAUUAUUUUGAUUGAAAAAUAAUUGAAAUAAUUAACAUAAUUUA